GUUCCUUAGGAUUAUCGCUGUCAUCAUCAAUUCAUCACACUGUUUUCAUUUAGAAAGAAGAUCUUGAAACUCCAGGCUAGAAGUAGAUCAUGAAUGCGCAAAUACAACCCUUUCUAUGGAAAAUAGUAUCUCGAUCACGUAUUGCACUUAGUCAUGCAUGUGCAAAUACAACCCCAGGCUGGAAGCUGAUCCAUGACAGUAUGGCUCUUUCAAGCAUACACCUUUAACUUUACAGUCCAUUUCCCUUCCACAAUUCUUCACAAUGCCUGUCACUGUUAUCCAACCACCAUCUCUUUAAAUGGUUAGAGCACCUGGUGCUAGUGAUGUUAUUCAGGACCCUGCAUCUCAUGGCCUUAUCGCAAAUGGACAGUCUAGAUGGAGCCACUUUUGGAAACAUUUCAAAAAGCUGGCACAAUAAUAAAAAAAAAUACAUGAUGUCCAUCAAGACAUUUAGUAAUUUCAGUCUCAUGUAUAUGUGCAAGUUCUGCUGCUGUCCCUGGCUUCUGUAUAUCAAAGCAGCACAAAAAGGCAAUUUCAACCGUUGCAGCUGUGGGCCCUGUGCGUUUCCAUGAUUCUUGCACACUAUAAAUCCACCCCAGUACCCUCUUCUUUUCUUUCACAAGCCAUUCUUCCCUCCAUUUCAUAGCUUGAGUGAACAUGUACCCUGCUGAGAUUGCUAGUGUUCCAUACUUAUCUCCUGCAAGUGCAGCCUCUUUCAAACCUCAUUACCAUGCAGCUACAAAUGACUUCCUCUUCCAGUAUAGCAACCUUCUGGUGCCUCAUCCUUCAUACUACCAAGAUGUUGCCCACCUGGUCCAUGAAGCAAGCUUGCCAGUUGGUAAUAAAUCCAAUUCAGAGGAGUCAGAUGAUUAUCAACGCAGCCUUGCAGAAGAGCGCAGGAAGAGAAGGAUGAUAUCCAAUAGGGAGUCUGCCCGACGAUCACGCAUGAGAAAGCAGAAGCAGUUGAGUGAGCUCUGGGCGCAGGUUGUCCACCUGCGCAGCACCAAUCGUCAACUCCUUGAUCAGCUGAACCAUGUCAUCAGAGACUGUGACCGUGUUCUCCAUGAAAACUCGCUGCUGAGAGAUGAACAAACCAAAUUGCAGAGGCAGCUUGAGAAGCUCACUGUAGAGACCACAAAGAGUGGCGUCAUGAGUCCCGACUCUUGAAGUAUCCAGGAUUACAUGGAUUAGAUGGAUAAUACGAGACUUAAACCAAGGCUUCCUUCAUUCUAUGCUGAGGCUUUCAUUUUUGUACCUUUGCUCUAUGUUCGGUAUCGAUGUUAGUAUGUAGCUGCCGGGUGGUGACUAGUGAGUUCUCCAUUUUAUUUCGUCAUAUUUUAUUCAAUGUCACAAAAAGGAUAAAAUAACAAGGAACUUCAUUGA